AUGGAUGCCAAAGAGAUUGAGGCCAAGGCGAAAGCCUUGACCAAGGCCGCAACGCAGAACGAGCCCGCGCCCACGAUUCUCAACAUGCUCAAGGAGAUCCAACAAGGCGUCAAGGCGACCGAGGACCUGCUACGACAGACCCGAAUCGGUAUCAUUGUCAACAAAUUCAAACAACACAAGUCCCCCGAGGUAGCACGGCUAUCGAGCGAGAUCGUUUCCAAGUGGCGGGUGGAAGUCAGCAAGCAAAAGCAAGGCGGCGCAUCAGCAGCGAGCCGGGGCUCGAGUUCACCACGGCCAGCGCAGAAUGGCACCGGCGCAUCCACACCCGCGGCAGCGACCCCCGCGUCCCAAUUGUCCGUGCCGCCCGACAAGCGCACAUGGAAGGCCGACAAAGUGGACACGGCUGUCACGGGGAACAAAGUCCGCGAUAGCUGCACGGGGCUGAUGUACGACGGGCUGUGUCUAGGCUCGACGGAGUCGCCCAAGACCGUCCUCGCCAAGGCAUGUGCCGUUGAGAAUGCCGCAUACAAACUACUAGGCCCCGAGACCAAGGAAGAAUACCGGACCAAGAUGCGCAGUCUAUUCCAGAACCUGAAGAACAAGUCGAACCCGAACCUGCGCACCCGCGUGCUCGCGGGCCAGAUUACGCCGGAUGAGUUUGUGCGGAUGAGCUCGGACGAGUUGCGGUCUGCAGAGCAACGCGAGGCUGAUGCCAAGAUCAAGAAGUUGAACAUGGAUAAGGCUAUGGUGGGCCAGCCGGAGCGCAGUAUCAGUACUAGUUUGCAGUGCGGCAAGUGUGGCCAACGCAAGGUGACCUACACUGAGGCGCAGACUCGCAGUGCUGAUGAACCGAUGACUCUGUUCUGUACUUGUGUGAACUGCGGCAAGUCCUGGCGCCAGUGA